CCUCCCUCGAUCUCCCCCCGAGAAGCGAGAGGGAGGCUGAAAGGGAGUGACCCCCGGCCCCGCGCCCCGGGCUGGGACGGCUGAGAGAAGGAGGAGAGGGGGGGGGGCGCAACAUGGCGGAGGCCAAGGAGGAGGGGCCCGGGCACUGCGCCAGGUUUGAAGAUAAAUCUGAUGCAGUAUUUGAUAUUACAGAAAAAUGUAGUGAAAUCCUGGAUGCAGAAAUGUCUGAGGAUGCUGUGCACAACUUACCAGCCACCCUUGACAGCGUUUCUUAUGAAAUACAGAAUCGAGCAGGAUCUGAAAACUCCCUGCUGGAUGAUGACGACGACGAUGAUUAUUUUCUGAACUCUGGGGAUUUGGCAAGCAUACCUGUUGUUGGGAGCGACAACGAAGAUGAUCAGAGUUUCACUCCAAAAGACACUCUCCCUGCUGAAGACCAUCUGGAAGAGGGCAAGAGGGUUACAGAACACGAGCUGGACAGUGAAAAAGAUAUUCAGAUCGAAAAUGCAAUCCAGAAGGAUCUCACUUCACCUUUUGAGCAGGGUCCUGUAUUUAAAUCAAUUCAAAAAGAUUUUAGCAUCGCAAGAGAUAAUGGCAAAGAGACUUUUUCGACAAAAGACAAGAAUAGAGAAGUAAAUCUUCAAGAACAUGAAAAACGGUUGGAAAAAAUCCCUAAAGAUACGGAUUCUAGAUUGAAAAGCAGUUUUCUUGACAAAGCAGUUCAUAAUCAAGUAGAAGAAACAUUACGGACGCAGUUAGCGCCACAAACUCCAGAAACUAACUUCAGGGAGUCUAGCUACCUAUUUUCUAGUAAGGAAUCUAUUGGACAAGAGCUGGGGAAUUCCUUUGCACCAAAUAUUAGAAUUAAGGAGGAGCCUUUGGAUGACGAAUAUGAUAAAGCUAUGGCCCCACAGCAGGGACUAUUAGACAAAAUUAAAGAUGAACCUGAUAAUUCUGAGGAGUACGGCCAACAGCCAAAAACUCAGGAAGGGGAGCUGAAAAUCAGUGCUGUGUUUUCAGUCAGUGGCAGUCCUCUUGCUCCACAGCUGUCAUCAGGUUUCCAGCCUGCUGUGGCAUCCUCUGGCAUGAGUAAAAUGCUUCCUUCAGUUCCAGGCACAGCUGUUCGGGUUUCCUGUUCUGGCUGUAAAAAAAUCCUCCAGAAGGGGCAGACUGCAUACCAGAGGAAAGGCUCUACCCAGCUCUUCUGCUCCACACUGUGCCUCACUGGAUACACUGUUCCAGCUUGUCGCCCACCAGCUUCUACCAAGAAAACCUGCUCCAGCUGCUCGAAAGAAAUUCUAAAUCCAAAGGAUGUAAUCACUGCCCAGUUUGACAAUACGAAUUCCAGCAAGGAUUUCUGCAGCCAGUCGUGUCUUUCUACGUAUGAAAUGAAAAGGAAACCUAUUAUUACUAUUCACACUAACAGCAUUUCAACCAAGUGCAGCAUGUGCCAGAAGAAUGCAGUGAUCAGACAUGAAGUGAAUUACCAGAACGUUGUACACAAGCUUUGCAGUGAUGCCUGCUUCUCCAAGUUCCGCUCUGCCAAUAACUUGACCAUGAACUGCUGUGAGAACUGUGGAGGUUACUGCUACAGUGGGUCUGGGCAGUGUCGCAUGCUGCUGAUAGAGGGACAGUCAAAAAAGUUCUGCAGUUCGACAUGUGUGACACUAUACAAGCAGAAGUCAGCUAAAAUUACACCCUGUGCACUGUGUAAAUCCUUGAGAUCUUCAGCUGAGAUGAUAGAGAGCACAAAUAACUCGGGAAAAACUGAGCUGUUUUGCUCUGUUAACUGCUUGUCAGCAUACAGAGUAAAAAUGGUUACUUCGUCAGGUGUUCAAGUUCAGUGCAACAGCUGUAAAACUUCAGCCAACCCUCAGUAUCACUUGGCUAUGUCAGAUGGGAGCGUACGCAAUUUCUGCAGCUACAACUGUGUGGUAGCUUUUCAGAAUUUGUUCAACAAACCUGCAGGAGUGAACUCUUCAGUCGUACCCCUGUCUCAAGGUCAAGUCAUCGUAAGCAUUCCCUCGGGGACAACGGUGUCAGCAGGUGGCACCACCUCCACUGCAUCUCCCAGCUCUGGGAGCAGUUCAGCUGCAGCUGGUCUACAGAGGCUGGCUGCCCAGUCCCAGCAAGUCACUUUUGCCCGCAAGGUUGUAAAACUCUGGUGUCAGCACUGUAACAGAUUAUUUGCAACCAAGCCAGAACUGCUUGACUUCAAGGGUAAAAUGUUCCAGUUUUGUGGGAAGACCUGCUGUGAUGAAUAUAAGAAGAGGAGGAGUGUAACAGCACUGUGUGAAUACUGCAGAACUGAGAAAAUUAUCAAGGAGACGGUGCGAAUCGCGGGCAUAGAUAAGCCAUUCUGCAGUGAAGGUUGCAAACUGCUCUAUAAACAUGACUUGGCUAAGCGCUGGGGAAACCACUGUAAAAUGUGCAGCUACUGUUUGCAGACCUCCCCCAAACUGGUCCAGAAUCUCUUUGGGGGGAGAAUGGAAGAAUUCUGCUCAGAAGAGUGCAUGUCUAAAUUCACAGUUUUGUUUUACCAGAUGGCAAAGUGUGAUGGUUGUAAGAGACAAGGUAAACUGAGCGAGUCUCUGAAAUGGCAAGGAGAUGUGAAACAUUUUUGCAAUCUGCUUUGUAUUCUGAUGUUCUGUAAGCAGCAACGUACUUCUGACCUUCCAGCCUCAAACAACACAGCAAACCCUUCUACAGCACCAGCUUCCUCGUCAGGCCCUCCUUCUUUGAGGAAGGACUCAACCCCAGUCAUAGCAAAUGUGGUGUCCCUUGCGAGCACCCCUGCUGCCCAGCCUACGGUUAACUCCAACAAUGUUUUACAGGGAGCAGUCCCUACAGUGACAGCAAAAAUAAUAGGAGAUGCAAGCACUCAGACAGAUGCCCUGAAACUGCCAUCUUCACAGCCACCUAGGCUUCUGAAAAACAAAGCAUUGUUGUGCAAGCCAAUCACACAGACUAAGGCCACCUCAUGCAAACCUCAUACACAAAAUAAAGAAUGCCAGACAGAGGAAGAAGAAGUUCAACCCAAAAUCAUUGUGGUACCUGUUCCUGUACCAGUGUUUGUGCCAGUACCCCUCCACCUCUACACACAGUACACACCAGUUCCACUUGGGAUGCCAGUACCUGUACCAGUUCCCAUGCCUUUCCCAACUACUUUGGAUAAUGCUGAUAAGAUCCUUGAAACAAUUCAGGAUAUCAAAGAGAAGAUUCCCAUAAGUCCAUUUGAAGCAGAUCUCCUUCAGAUGGCAGAAAUGAUUGCAGAAGAUGAGGAGAAAGACAAAACACACUCUCAUGGUGGCUCUCAAACAUCUGAGCAUGAGCUCUUCCUGGACCCCAAGAUGUUUGAGAAAGACCAAGGUAGCACUUACAGUGGAGAUCUAGAAUCAGAAGCAGUAUCCACUCCACACAGCUGGGAAGAAGAGUUGAAUCACUAUGCCUUACGAUCAAACGCCCUGCCAGAACCAGAUCCAGAACCCAAGCAGAUCUCCAAAGGUGAAGUGGAACAGGACCUGGAGGCAGAUUUUCCAUCAGACUCAUUUGACCCUCUCAGUAAGGGACUGGGUUUGCAUUCGCGUUCACGAGCAAGACGGAGGCACAGAGAUGGCUUCCCCCAGCCAAAAAGACGGGGACGAAAGAAGUCUGUAGUUGCUGCAGAGCCCCGCAAUCUGAUGCAGGGCUCCUACCCAGGAUGCUCUGUUUCUGGGAUGACCCUGAAGUACAUGUAUGGGGUGAAUGCCUGGAAGAACUGGGUCCAAUGGAAAAAUGCACAGGAGGAACAAGGGGACCUGAAGUUUUCAGGAGUCGAAUUCUCUGUGCUCAGCUCGUGCCCAGAACUACUAGGAAAUAUUCAGGAUCCUUUUCUCACUCAAGGUUCCCCUGAGUCCAGCUGUGAAGUUCGUCCUGUGAAGCUCAAGGAGGACAUUCUCUCGUGCACUUUUGCUGAGCUGAGCUUUGGCCUGUGCCAAUUUAUUCAAGAGGUGCGGAGACCGAACGGAGAAAAAUACGAUCCUGACAGCAUCUUAUACUUGUGCCUUGGAAUUCAGCAGUACCUGUUUGAGAAUGGUAGAAUAGAUAACAUUUUUACCGAGCCCUAUUCCAGGUUUAUGAUUGAACUUACAAAACUUUUGAAAAUCUGGGAACCUACAAUUCUUCCAAAUGGUUAUAUGUUCUCAAGAAUAGAAGAGGAACACUUGUGGGAGUGUAAGCAACUGGGUGCAUAUUCCCCCAUAGUUUUACUGAACACGCUGCUAUUCUUCAACACCAAAUACUUUCAACUAAAGAAUGUCAGUGAGCACCUGAAGCUGUCCUUUGCCCACGUCAUGAGGAGGACCAGGACCCUGAAGUACAAUACUAAGACAACAUAUUUACGUUUUUUCCCACCCUUUCAAAAACAAGAGGUAGAAUCAGAUAAACUGUCUGUAGGCAAAAGGAAACGUGGAGAAGAUGAGGAGAUUUCAACAGCAGUGGAAAUGGCUGAAAAUGCAGAUAACCCCCUGAGGUGUCCGGUGCGACUCUAUGAAUUUUACUUGUCAAAAUGCUCUGAAAGUGUGAAGCAGAGAAGUGAUGUGUUUUACCUUCAGCCCGAGCGCUCCUGUGUACCCAACAGCCCCAUGUGGUAUUCCACAUUGCCCAUAGACCCAGGGACUUUGGACAUCAUGUUAACUCGCAUUCUUAUGGUGAGGGAGGUACACGAAGAACUUGCCAAAGUCAAAUCAGAAGAUUCUGAUAUUGAGUUAUCAGACUAACUGAAGUGGGAUGUUUUCCUUUGAAUGCAUCGGAAGCACCAAACUGUGAAUACGUCCAGCUUUUGGAAAAUGUGUAUGAAAUCAGCCAGGAUGGUGUCACCUACAGGCAUAUUUGGAACCACAGCGGAUGUACAAACUGGAACUGGAAGGAGACAAGCUCCAUAAGCUGCAAGAAGCAACGUCCUGUGGCAGGCAGCCACGAAUCCUCUGAACAAAUACAAGUUGAACUAACCUGUUUGAGUG